AACAGGGUUUGCUCCCCCUAUCCAAGGCCUAGAAUACCAGCCCUCGAACGGUUAACUACUGGAGAGUCUUCAGGAACCCAAUCACGAGCUGCAGGGGUUUCAACCUCUAUGCUUGACAUGUUACAAGAUGUGGAUAUACACUACGAGGGAGGGGAGGGAUUUGGCCUCACAGAGAUUAACAAUGCCAGUAUCUUUGGCUCAAACUCGUCUCCUAUCCACCCCACUUUUAGUCAUCGUCUGAUUUUCAAUCAAGACCAGCUGAGGAAGGAGAAUCUAAACCAUGAAUGUCAACUAGUCACGGUCACCAUCCCGGCGCACCUCCCUAGAACUAAAACCACAAAUAAAAGAAAGCUUCCUACCUCGGCAAAACCAAGAGGCACUAGGAGUCCACCUCAGGGCGCUAGUUCAAAAAAACGAAAUGCUACAAGGCCUAAGGCGACCUUAGCUGCGAGGAAAAGACUCUGCAAUCAAGUUACUGUAACUCAGUGUAGUGUACCGACUUUAGCUUUGAUACCAGCAGCCAAAAAUACAAAAUCUAAGAUGGAUUUUCUACAUCCACCAAAUUCUCUUCCUUAGUGGUUGUGAGUUGGAAUUGUCAAGGUUUGGGAAGCACUCUUACAAUUCCAAGAUUGUGGGAAAUUCGAAAUGACUUCUCCCCGAAUGUAUUGUUUCUCAAGGAUCGUAACGUGGAUAACACGCUUUCACUCGGCAGCUGGGAAGGAAGUUCUUUAAAAAGUGGUUUUCGCUGCGAUGUCAUGUUUUAAACUCCCUUCCUCCAUAUGCAAAAGAAUCCAAUCCGCUUUAACACACUUUUGGUGCGACUCAAAACCAGAUGAAAGGAAAAUGAGCUGAAUAUCGUGGGAGAAGCUUACUCAGCAUAAAGAAAAUGGUUGUUUGGGAUUUCAAGAGAUACUCGCAUUUAAAUUGUUGCAAAAAAUGGUUGGAAAUUGAUUCAAAAACCAUAUUCUCUUUUGGCUAGAUUUUUGUUGGGCAAAUAUUGCCACUUGUCCUCCUUUAUGCAGUCAAAAUGUCCGACAAUCGCUUCACACAGUUGGAGAGGCGUACUGGCGGGUAGAGAGACACUUGCUAAAGGGUUGGGAUGGAUUAUUGGUAAUGGGGAGGAGGUUAGCAUGUAAAACUCUCCUUGGUUAUCCUCAGUCACUCCGAGACGACCAAUAAGACCACAUCCUUUGUAUAGUCUAGAUUUCUCGGUUAAGGAUCUUCUAGUGCCCAACACAAACAUUUGGAGUAGAAGCAAUCAGACUUUACCUACCUCAUCCUGAGGAAUACAUUCUCAGCAUUGUACUGAGUUCUUCAAGAAGAUCGGCUAAGCAACGUUGGUUACAUCGGAAACAAGGUAUCUACUCUACUAAAUCCGGAUAUGCAAUUGGUAGAACUGCAGCUGAUACGGCCUAGGAGGUCACUUUUAGUUGGAAUUCGUGUAUUUGGAAUGUUAAUACUUCAGCUAAGUUGAGGAUGUUCUUAUGCAAAGUCGUUCGCAACGCUCUACCAGUAGGGGAUGUACUUGUAGGAAGAGGUAUAACGGCUGAUACAGCCUAAAAAGAUGUGGAGAAAGAGAGGACAUUCUUCAUUUGCUUCUUAAGUGCCCGUUUGAAGUGAAGGUGUGGGAGCUUGUCCCGACCAUAUUUAAACCCCAGGCCAGUGUCGUCUCAUUCAUGGAUCUCUUAAGAGUAGUUAAAAUUGCUCAUUUUACCCCCAAUGGGUCUAGGAUCAGUGCCAUUGUACCCGUGGAUUCUCUGGUACUUGUGGAAAGCUCGUAUUCUCUUGGUGUUUGAAGAUAAAGGUGGUUGUGAGGAAGAUACGGUGCUGAAAGCAAUUAAGGAGGCUAAAGCUGGGAAUCAGCGAAACUCCUAGAAUCCCCUAAGAAUAUUGGACUGCGGAAGGGAACAACUCCAGCGAUCAAAGCGGAGGCGUAUAUUUGCUGCUCGGAUGCAGCAUGGAAGGAUUCCACAAGUGUGGGAGGCCUUGGCUAAAGGACCCACAGAAACACAUUGUCCUCCAAGGUUCGUCAUCAAGACCCUUUGUUACUUCAGCCCUUUUGGCGGAAGCACUGGCUAUGGAAGCUGCUAUCAAGUCAGUUUUAGCUAUGGGUGUGUCAAGAGUAACAUGUUACUCCGACUGCAACGAAUAUGUUCUGCUCCUUCAGUCGAGAGGCUAUGUUAAUGAGCUCGCCGGUUUUUUGGCCGACAUUGUGAUGCUUUGUUCUAGUUUCAUCUCUGUUUCAUUUCAUUUUAUUCCCCGCUUGGAAAAUGCACUAGCUGACACCUUGGCUAAGGAAGCGGUUAUGUCUCUUUCAAACUCCUCUUUUUAAGGAGUGUAAAAUCUGUCUGAGGUUUAAUAUUAUUCAAAAUUUUGUCCAAAAAAUGAAAAUUAGAUCUUGUAUGUCUCCAGUCUCCACCAUCACAUGCUUAUAUGUGUUUACUUAGAUUUUGUUAUAUGAUUUUUAACUAUCCCAGAAUAUUUAUAAUUCAUUGUUGGUUCCCCUAUGAUGUGGAUACGUAUUUCUCAUUUUUGUUUUAAUGAACAAACUUGAUUAUGCAUUUUUCAUUUCUAUUGUUUAUUUUACUUGACAAUAUCAUUUAUUAUGUGUAGUUCCUAUCGAGUAAUGUCUUCAUCCGGCAAUGCCAACGAAUCCAACAACACUCCAAAAAUGCCCUUCAUUAAGGAAUUAAUGGUUCAGUGUGGGCGUUGUUUGAAAUGGAGACUCAUACCCUCUAUGCAGAAGUAUGAAAUCUUAAGGGAAAAACAUGUUGAAAGCCCCCUUUUUUGCGAGGCAGCUUCCGAGUGGGAGCCAAAUAUGUCUUGUGAAGUCCCGGGAUAUGAAACAUCAUGCGAUAUCUGGGCUAUUGAUGCACCUAGCAUCCCUUCCCCACCAAGCGGAUGGAGACGUCUUGUGCAGGUUCGACGUGAGUACGAAAAAACAUUCGCCGAUGUUUAUUAUUAUCCUCCUGCUCCAUUAUCAAACAUAAGGCUUCGAUCACAAUCCGAGGUCAAAAAGUUCUUGGAAAGCCACCCUGAGUACACAAGAGAAGGGGUGAAUAUGUCUCAAUUCUCAUUCAAAUCGCCAAAACGCCUUGAAGACUAUAUGAAGAAGCGUAAUCGUCAAGAACCUAAUGCAACUACUGAAUUUGUAUAUCUAGGUGAAGUUGGAUAUAGAGCUUCACAGCAUGGACAACCCUCCAAAAAGACAAAAAUAUGAAAUUGGUGAAUGAAGAAAGCCAACAAAAAUUUAGUCCAUGUCGACAUAAUUUGGAUAUUUGUGGCUAUUUUAUUUUAUUAUUUUGACCACAGUAAGACUUUGAAUGUUUUUGGGGAAAUUCUAAUCAUGGAUUGUUGGAAAGUUAAGCUUUAUUUGUUUUGUAAAAACAUAUAUAUUUUAUGUUCACAAGAUUUUCGUUGACUGAUA